CCACGCCCCGGGCCCGCGCGCCGGGGGUCGAGUCCGCGAGGCCAUGGAGCCGCUGCUGCACUACGUGAACCCGGCGCAUGCCAUCUCGCUGCUGAGCGCGCUCAACGAGGAGCGCCUCAAGGGGCAGCUGUGCGACGUGCUGCUCAUCGUGGGCGACCACAAGUUCCGCGCGCACAGGAACGUGCUGGCGGCCAGCAGCGAGUACUUCCACGGGCUCUUCUCCAGCCCCGAGAGCCGCGCGCAGGCCGUGUUCCAGCUGGACUUCUGCGAGCCCGACACCUUCGACACGGUGCUCAGCUACGUGUACUCGGCCUCGCUGCUCGUGGACAGGGCCAGCCUGGCGGCCGUGCAGGAACUGGGCUACACCCUGGGCAUCUCCUUCCUCACCGACAUCGUGUCCAGGCCGCCCCAGGGCCCCUUCCCUGCCUUUCCCGGCCGCCGCAAGGCCUGCUCGGAGGACGAGGACCCCGGCGCCCAGAAGCGGAGCGUCAUCGUGUGUCAGGCCGCCCGGCCCGCACUCCUGCCCGCGCCCGGCCCCAAGGCCCCCGAGCAGAGCCGGCCGGCGGACGGCCCCGGGCCCUACGCCAAGGCUCCGGAGCGCCCCACGGCCCUGGACGAGCCGGCACCGGGGGGUUCCGCGCAGCCCCCGCCGGACCCGGAGGCGCCCGAGGAGAAGCCGGGGUCCGGGGGCCCACAGCCCGCGGGGCAGGCGCUCGAGCCGGCCCAGCCGCGGCCCCCGGUGCUGGCCCUGCGCAGUGCCGAGACGCCCUACCUGCUGGCCGAGGCCGCGCGUCCGGGGGCCGCCCCCGGCGAGGACCGCAACCUGCUCUUCCACUCCCGCCUAGGCCUGGUGGUGCCCGCAGCCGUGGACCGCAGCGGCCCCCUGGUCAAGAGCCUCCUGCGACGCUCCCUGUCGGUGGACAGCCAGGUGCCCGGCCAUUCGGCCGCCCCGGACCUCACGCCCCCGCCGGCCCGCCCCCCGCGGCCCGCCGCAGCCCCGCCGCCCCGCCUGCGCUCCCUCAGCGCCUCCGUGUGCCCCUCUGCACCCCCGGACCCCGAGGUCCAAGUCAAGGCCGAGCCCCGCAGCCCGCCGAACGCUGAGACCUCCGACAUCAUCCGCGUCACCGUGGGGGGGGACAGCGCCCCCCGCGACCCGGUCCUGAAGGCCGAGGAGGACGCCGCCGACCCUGCCCGCCUGCCCGUCAAGCGCCGCUUCCAGGCCGACUGCCGGCCGCCGCCCGAGAAGCCUCAGGCCGAGGGGGACAUGGACACGGACGGCCCGCGGGGACCCGGCGCGGAGGAGCCCGAGGGCCCCCGGCUGGGCCGCAGGUUCAAGUGCAGGCAGUGCCUGAAGGUGUUCCGCUCGGCGGCCGGGCUGCAGCGCCACGCCAACAUGUACCACAACCCCGAGAAGCCGUACGCCUGCGACAUCUGCCACAAGCGCUUCCACACCAACUUCAAGGUGUGGACGCACUGCCAGGCGCAGCACGGCGUGGCCCGCGACCCCUCGCCCGCCGCCACCGCUGCCACCACCACCACCACCGCCGGGCCCGCCGGCCCGGGCGCCGCCGUGCUGGACGACAGGUUCCAGAGGAGGCUCGUGGACAUCGUGCGCGAGCGGGAGAUCAGGAAGGCGCUGCUGCUCAAGCUGCGGCGCGCCAAGAGGGGGCUCCCCGCCGCCCCCGCACCCCGGGCCCGCGGCCUGCGCCCCCGCGCCAAGCCCGCCUACCUGUGCGCGCACUGCGGCAAGGCCUGCCGCUUCCUGUCGCAGUUCCGGCAGCACCUGCGCCUGCACCCCGUGGCCACCGAGCGCGACGGGGACUGGCCGCGCCCCCGAGAGCCCCCCGCGGGUGCCUCACCCCCGCCCGCGCCCCCUCCCCGCCGCCGGCCAUGCAGCGCCCUGGGCCCCACGCGGGAGCCGGGCCACCAGGAGCGCGGGUGCCGCUGCGCCCCCGCCGCCUGCGCCUUCUGCAGCCUCCGCUUCCUGUCGGCCGCGCUGCGCCAGGAGCACGAGGCCCGCUGCGACCUGCGGCGCCUCACCUGCGUGGACUGCAUGCGCACCUUCAAGUCGGCCUUCAGCGUGUGGCGGCACCAGGUGGAGGUGCACAACCAGAACAGCAUGGCACCCCCCGACGCCCCUGCGCCCGCCGCUGCCGCCGCCGCCGCCGGGGAGCCCGCUGGGCCCGAGCCCCGCGCCCCUGACGCCACCGCCCACCCUCCCGAGGAGCCCCGGGAGCCGCCGGUCAAGGAGGAGCCGGCAGACGAGGCGGAGGACGAGACCCCCGAGCCCGGAGGCCCCGGGCCCCGUCAGUGGCCCUGCGAGAAGUGCGGCAAGAGCUUCCCGUCGCCGCGGCAGCUGGAGCGCCACCAGGAGCUGCUGUGCGCUGUCAAGCCCUUCAUCUGCCGCGUGUGCGGCAAGGCUUUCCGCACCAACUUCCGCCUCUGGAGCCACUUCCAGUCGCACGUGGCACAGGCCGGGCCCCCCGACGCCGCCGCCCGGCCUGGGCCCGGGGACUCGCCCUCCCCGCCGCCACCCCCGCCGCCGCCCCCGCCGCCACCGAUCCGGCCGCUGGAGCCCGACGGCCCGGCCCCCGGGCCCCCCGACACCACCCCGGACGGGCCGCUGGCGCCGCGAGAGUCGGACACCCUCUUCUACCACGCGCCGCCCCUGUCCGCCAUCACCUUCAAGCGCCAGUUCAUGUGCCAGCGCUGCCACCGUACCUUCAAAACGGCCUUCAGCCUCUGGAGCCACGAGCAGACCCACAACUGACCGGCGCCCGGACCCUGUCCUGUGAGGGCCCCGCGGGCAGCCGAGCCUCUAAUGAAAGGACACGGACCCGCUCUCGUCUCGGUCUUUGCCGGGCGCGUGGGGGCGGGGUGGGGCCGUGCUGCGGGGCCGCUGCGGGUGGUGCCUGUCCCAGGAUCCCACCCGGGAGCCCCGGGGCACCCCUGUGCCCGCUCUCUGCCAGAAGGGGCGGCACCCCGUCCCGAGGCCGCCUGGCCACAUCUGUCGGGCCGGUGUACUCCUGGUGCCCGCGGGCGGGUUCCAGAGCCAAAAGGGGGGGGGGGACUUCGAAAGACCCCGCCGGCUGGCAUGUUGGCCAUAACGGGCUGGGGGGACAGGCCUGCUGGGCUGGGGGCUUCCUGCCAGACUCACAGCCCACUCUGCCCCUGCACACACCUCCGCCUCUCCCUCCCUCCCCCCAAGCCUGGCGCCUGGGCCACAGCGCAGACCUUUUUCUCCAGUCCUGGUCGACCGCUCAGCAGGAAUGGCGGGGGCCUUGGGCCUGGGUUCCACUCAGGACCGCAGUCCCUCCCCCAUGGCCCCUGCCACUUCCGGCUGUGAGCCGCUUGCCUUUCCCGGGGGAGGCUGUGCCAGCGGCUUCUCUGUGCUCCCAGAGAGAUCUCUGUGUCUCGGGCCCUGAGACCACGGGCACCAGCGCUGUCCGGCAGUGCCUGCUCCCCCGAUCCCCGGUGCUCUCGCCGCUCCAUGAGCAGCUCCCUGGUGGCCAUACGGUCCGCGGCCCCAGACUUGAACCUUUGUGCUACAGUUUUUCGGAGUUUUCUAAUAGUGUUAAUCAGUAAAAGAAUUAAAUGAAAGAUGACAAAAGGCCUUUUUUUUGGCCUAAAGCUCCAGGCUCUGCCUGGCUUAGUGACUCCUCCACCCGGGUGAGGCGUGGACUCCAGAUGUGACUUUGAACCAAAAACGUUUCUAACACAGAAGGUUUUUCUAACCCUUUUUAUACUGUCUCCACCUGCAAGGUGCCAGCCUGGGAGAGUUUAUUUUGCUGGUCAGAGAGACGAGAGAUGCUUCCAGUCUGGCAACUGUUUCUGGCGCCGAGACGCUUGGCAGCUGGAGACACGAGAAUCGUGUUCAGGGGGCAUUUGAGGGGUUUGCGCCCAGACGGGCGCCUGGUGUAAAGCAGGUUGGUCUUGGGGAACUCGAGCUGGCUAAAGACAUUCUUGUAAAUGUUUUUUUCCCCCAAUUGUAACUAAUUUUUGAAAGAAUGUGAGAAGCCUCAUCCCCUUCCCCUUGUAAGUGCCCGGGGUGUCUGCUUUCCACACCUUUGCGGAGAGAGUGUGAGAUGCUUUAAUAUAUUCCUUGUUCUCCAGUG